AUGGAGCGUGGUUCCGGUAAACCACCGUUCUUCGAUGGAACAAAUUAUCCCUAUUGGAAAAUACGCAUGUCUGCCCAUCUCCAGGGGAUUGAUUGGUUAGUUUGGGAAAUUUGCGAGGAUGCUACUUUCGUUGUGCUUGAACCCCGUGCUCGAACCACGCAAGAUCAAAAAGAUCGGCACAACGCAAAUAGCAGAGCAAGAUCUGUUCUUUUCUCGAGUCUUUCGCUUCCUGAGUUCGAGCGUGUCUCUGAUUGUGCUACUGCUCGAGAGAUCUGGGUGAGGCUUCAGAGCUAUCACGAGGGUACAGCCCAUGUCAAAACCAGACUCUAUGAGACGUACAAGAGAGAGUACGAGAACUUCACUCAGCUUGAUGGCGAGUUCAUCGAUGCCAUGUUUUCUCAUUUUCAGACGAUCAUUAACAAGAUGAGAGCAAACAAGGCACAACUACCUUAUGAUGAUCAUGAGAGGGCUCUCAAGCUUUUAUAUGCCCUAGAUCGGAAGGUAUGGGAUGUGAAGGUGUCCGCCAUUAUCGAGUCUUCGAACUACGACACCAUCACUGUGGACGAGCUGUUCAGCAAGCUCAAGUCCACCGAGAUCGACUACCAAACUCAAGCCAAACUCAAGAAUCCCUCUGCACCGACUAUGGCUUUAGUCUUAGGUAACAAUUCAAGUUCUUCAGCUAACCCUUCACAGAUGUCGUUUGCCUUGUCUUCUUUGGUGUCUGUUUCAGAGGAGCAGUUGGAGACCCUUGGGGAUGACGAGCUGGCGUUGAUCAUCAGCCGGUUCUCGCGGUUCCACAACAACCGCUUGAACCGCCGCCGGGGCGGUGAUCAAAAGGUGGGCUGCUACAACUGUGGAGAUCUCGACCACUUCGUCGCCCACUGCCCCAAGAAGAACAAUCACUCCUCCGACAAGUACGACUCCGACAAGCGCAAGGAGAAGCACGACUACACCUCCAAGAAGCACAAGUCGAAGAAGGGCUUCGACAAGGAGGCGCUCAAGAAGAUGUACCGCAAGAAAGCCAAGGCGCAAGAGCGUGCCUUCCUUGCUUCCCUCAGCGACCUCGACAACGACUCCGGCGAUGACCGCUCCUCUUCUCCCUCGAGUGACGAUGAGUCCGAGAGGAAGAUGGAGGAGAAGCUGACUGGUCUUUGCUUCGUCGCCGACUCCACUCACGGAGGCUUCUGCACCAUGGCGCUUGAUGAAGAGGUGAAGGCCAGCAAGGAUGAGGUCUCCUUCGACGACGACACCUCCGAGGUACCUCCUUCUGUCGAUGACCUUGUCGCUGAGCUUGAUAGCAUGAAUAUCACCUUGAUUAGUCAAGAUAAAUUGCUUAAGCGUGCUGCCCGUGAGAGGAAGGAGUUUAAGGACAAGCUAGAGUUGGCGCUUAAGGAGCUUGAGGUUGCUAAGGAGUGUGCUGUGGUUGUGUCAGAUGAAGUAGAGUGCGAUGAGUGUGUUGUUCAUAUGUCUAACUUCUCUGAGUUACAAUCUAAGUAUGCUACUUUGCUUGAUGAGUAUGGUGAGCUGAAGGCUAGGCCUGUCUUGUUGGGUGCGUGCAAGUCCUGCUCGGGCUUGCAAUCUGAGCUGGCAGAGAAGAAUGCCAAGAUCUCUAUUCUUGAGAAGGCCAGUUCAGAUAGCACUAUAGCUAAGUGUGCGGGGAACUUGCACAUCGGGUGUAGGCUUUGCUAUAGGUGGGAAGGGUGA